UUUUUCUUGUUUCCGAGGCCUCACGCUUAUCCCGCCACAUUUUCGCCCCAGCCGGACAUGCGCACAAGUACAGUAAAUUCGACAGCUUAUGUUGCUUCGUGGGGGCAGGAGUUUAAAAUACCUACAGCUGGUAUAUCCGUCCGAAUGCAAAAGAUGUCAGGGGUGCAGAAGGCCCCCGGCAGCGUCGAGCUGAAGCUGCCUGACAAAGGGGAGCAGCCGAUGGACCUGGCUCCCAGAACGGCGCAUCAGCACGCCGCCGUCGCCGCCUCCGCAGCCAAACCGACGCAACUGCAGGUCACCACCAUCGGUCCCGCGCUCCGACCUCACCUGGACACGGCCAAGUCGGCAUUCACGACGCUGGGACAGAGGCUUCCUGCAUCUCCGAGGCCAGUCUUACAGCCAGCCAUUUCUGUGUCCUCAACUGGCGGAAAUGUAAUCGCUGCCUCAGUCACGCCAUCAUAUACAGUAAAGUCUGUGGGGGGAUCUUCAGUGCCACAGCUAUCUACGUUGCGACAUAUGGUGACGCCAUCGGCGACGGGGUUGUCAUCACCGAAUGCUGGCACCAUCGUUACUUCGAUAGCAUCUCCGAUGGCAUCCAUUAUCCGCGGCAACACCAUCACCACCACCCAGAUUGGUCACACUCUCUCGCACCAGUUCUCUUCGCAUGUACCACGAGGGCCAGCAGCUGUCGCAAGCAUCAACACUGCUCCGAAGUCGGCACUCGCAACGCCCAUGUUGCGGUCUUCAAUGAGUCAAGCAAGCACAGCACCUCACAUACCUGUUGGCAGGACGCGCCCAGUGUACAAGAUGACCAGAUGGAUUGCGAAGUUUCACGAGCCAGUGGAGGAAUUUAUCCGUGAAGACUAUGAGUCUGCACAGCAGGCACGGGCAGCGGGGCUGGUUCCUGCUAGGGCGGCGUUUCCAUCCAUGCCUCGAUCAGCGGGCUUGUCGAUGGCGCAGGUGAUGGACUUGCAGAAAACAUAUGGGGUGCCCAGGUCUGGCUCGCACGGAGGAGCCGGUCAGGUGCAGAUUGGCUUUGCCUCGGGACGCUCCUUAGAACCCUUGGCACGGACUACACUUGGCCACCCCUCGGUUUCUGUAGCCAAGUCUCUGCACGUCACCCAACCCAUUGUGCACAGCCUUCAUCAGGUUCCCGAGAAGACGUUCAAGUGCAACACAUCUCCAGCCACCGUCCAGUAUACAGCGGUGCCUGGUCUCGCCGCAGGCACAACAGGCCAUUCUGCAGUUAUCCCUUCAUCACCUUCACCUCUCACAACUAGCAAUAGCAGCACCGCUAGCUGUGGGGCCACCAUUGUGUCACCUCAUGCACAAGUUGUACAGCCCAGUGUGCCCAUCCGAAGCAACAUGGGCACUAUGUCCCUUGUUACAUUAGCUCCCACGUCUGCAGUACAGUCGGCACCACAGGUGGUGGCAACAAGUCAGCCUGCAUCUCUUCAUGGUUCCAAUCUGGCGACUGGAGGCUCAGGCAUUCACCCGAUUUUCACGGUGGUUUCAAACAAGAGCCCCCUGUCCGUGGCACCAGCAUCCACAGCACCAAGCAUAGGAAUACCCCAGAACAGACUUGCAGGCGCAUCACGUCUCGCAACCACUGCGUCUCCAGCAGUGCAACCAACAAGUGUCCAAGUUGCAGGAUCAGCGACUCGCCCGAUAACGACGACCGUGGCCAUUCAUCCACCUACUAUGUCUGUGCCAACAGUCUCGGUUGUAAAGACACGCUCUGAGGAUGCCUCCAAAGACGAUCGACGCUAUGUGCCAGGGACCAAGGUGUUUGGGCCCACGUCUCUGGUGGGAUCUACAGCAGGCAUGCAUUCCAGCAGUGGUCUGGAGGCAACGGCUACGGUGUCGGAGCCCACGGGAAACCUCUUUGUGACUGGUGCAACAGCGAGAAACCUCGCCACAACCAUUUCCUCCGCAUCGAGCAACGCACCGACAACUGCAUCAGCAUUGCCGGCAACUGUCGUCAUUUCCGACACCCGGACAGACAGGCCGGCACAGUUGCAGGGAGCAGCGGCAACACCAUCAUAUGCAGUACCGGCAACAUACUUGUACGAGCCCUAUCCAAUCCAGGGUGCCACCAUUACAAUGCAUCCAUAUGCAGCAGCUACUCCAGCAGGUGUAACACCCGUCUUUCCCGUGGCAUCAGCGCGACCCAGCCGGCCACACCUGGUGAGUGGAGGCAGCAUGCCUUCGUCAGCGACUACCGUAGUGCAUCCGCCACAGCCACUGCAGCAGCAGCAACAGCAGCAGGCUCAACUGUCGCAGCCGCAGCAGCAGCAGCCGACGGCAACACACUUAGGUGCCUUGUCACUGGGUGCUUCUCCGACACUCGGAGUUGCUACCACCUUGGGUUCACCUUCCCCCCUUGGGGCUGCCAGCCCUGUGGGUGCCACCUCCUUAUCAUCAACUGUGGUGCCUACCAUGGGUGCCACAGCGGGUCAAGUUGUCAGCGCAGCGUCUGUUGGUACUUGUCAGGCGACGCCUUCUGCUAUUGCUGCUCCUCCUCCACUGGGCAGUAUGCAGCAGCCAUUGGGAGCAGCUUCUUUGGGCGCAGCUGUGCCACUGGGCUCAACAAUGGGAUCCGGUCCCUUGGGGGCCACGACAGUGCGCGCGCCACUUAUGGUAGCCGUGGACUCGACGAGUGGCCGACAACAUCAGCAGCAGCAGCAGCUAGUUUCCCAUAGUGCUCUUCACACACAGCAAACGGGAUUCACAUCCACUGGUUUGACGGCACAUAGCAACUCGGUAAGCGAUGGUGUGGCCACUUCCCAGCCUUCGGCAGCCACGCAGCCCUACAGCUGUGUAACACCAUCGAAUCUGCUGUCACCUACACACAGCUCAACGCCACCGAAUCACAACACUUCACCCCGUCCUAGCAUAUUGAGGAAACGGACAUUCGAAAGUGCCCACCUUAGUGUAAAGAAGAACCUCAUGGCAUCGCUUCCCGGGUCAGAGCCUGCCAGUCCUCGUUCUGAAGCACCUGCAUCACUUUCAACUACCUCAUCUCCGAAACCUGCGAGUGACAUUCAGCAGGAAAGCAGCAAUAGCAGUAGCACCGCUAGUGACCCACUUUUACCAGAGGCUUCCAAGACGUCAUCAUUGCCUAUGGUCAACAUCAAGCAGGAGCCACCAGACACAUGUGAAACGCCUCCAAACGGAAAUGCCUCGGUCCUGCCUGCUCUUCAAAAUUCUACAGUGGAGGCUUCCCCACGAAAGAAACCGAGAAAGCAGUUACUCUGUGCAACUGAGCUUUUGGACAUCCAUUCCACUGAUGGAGAUGAUGACAUGGAGAAGGAGAGCCUGGAAAAUCUCAAGAAGGAAUUCUCAAGGGGAGAUGACAUGAAGUGUGUGGCUUUCUGCAAAAGGCCAAGCAUGUCAUUGCUUACAAGCUACUCCCACAACUGGAAAACACGCCAGAACCAUUUCAUCAGGCACAGUGACGUCAAACCAAAGGAUGACAAAAAACAGACCGUUAACGAUUUGGCCAACCAGAAAGGUGUACUACAGAAGGCCAAUGGCUGGAAAGUUUUCCACUUGACGUCGCAGAUGGAAGAUGUGGUUGACCUGGAGGAUACAGUCCACAGCAAGCUGUCACAGUUAUUAAACUUUAUUGAAGACAAGCCGCCAGCAAUACGAGUAAAGCCACUCAACAUGGAUGAAGAGCGAAUACUCAACAAGAUUAACGACCUCAUCAAGGGCAACCUUCAGCGCAGCAAGAUUGUGCAGGACCAGGUGACGGAAGCGAAGCAGCAGGUACUUAAGGUGCUUGAUCACAAGCCUAGAAUAGUGGAGAUCAUCGGCAAAUAUGUGAGUAAACGGCCGCUCAAGAAGCGAGAGAAGAUGUGACUCCUGGCACCCACCGCUCCAUUUUAAACCUCACCACAGCCAUCGCCACCCCCAUAACACAUGCCUCUGCCACAGGUUUGUGACCUACCCCGACCUGCUGGGGGGACGUGCGGACAGUAUGCACGAACCCACGAGUGCGUCCACAUCGCAUCCCCCGUGUCAUCACCGUGCACUGUAUACUCCUCAUUGUCAUUUUUGCUUUCUCUUACACGAUCAUGCCUUCAUUGUUUGUAAAAUAGGGACUUGGCUGGCUGCCUUCAUCUCAGUUAGAUGCCUCUGUACAAAGAUCACCUCAAAGACCACAUCAUUAAUGCGCAGAUGGAUGGCACUGCCCACGGAAAGACGGUGAAAGCCAUCCCGACCUUCACCUGUUUGGCCCGUGUUCCGCUGUCUUGGUGAUGAAAGGAAGGACCUUAACAGGCUUUUCUUCGGCAGCACGUUACCCGGUUGGAACACGCCUGUGCAUAGCAAUUGAGGCACGUUACUAUGUGCCCCGCAUAUUGCCCACUACGAUGAUGUGGCCAGCCAUGGUGAUUUGUGAAUUAUGUUGUUCUCAUUCAGCCAUGGUUUUUGUUAUUUAUGUAAAAUAUACUUUUGUUGUGUUUGUAGCCCUCGUUUGUUUUAUGUUACAAGUUAUUUGGCUUAAUAGCCCGGUCUGGCGCGUAGCAACGGCGCAUUGUGGGUGUCAGCUCCGUACCGAUGAAAAGGUCGUUUUACUGCUCAUGUCCCCUCUGCUUUUUUCCAACAUCUCCUCCUCCUCCUUCACGACUCCUUCGUAACAAGCACCGGCACUUAUUCUAUCUCUUCCUGUGCGCCGGUCAGUCACUCGCAUCCGAAAAAAGUCUCACAGAAAAGGCCUGCUGUGAAGCGUGACGUAAAGAUGCUGGUUUGCCCGUAAUAAGUCAAAGCAGACAGCACAAAUCAACAUUCCUUGCCUCGAUAGAAGGUCCUGUCUCUUGCUGUGCAGUUGUUUGAUAAUUCUGGAGUGCUCAGAGGGUAUUUCCUUACACUUGCACACUCACGUACUGGCAUCAGUGAUGUCAUCGUGUUCAGACUUUGCUUGCAACUUGUAUGCUGCAUGUUUGUUUGUAUGGUGUAUGUAAAUAUAUAUAUAUAUAUAUAUAUACAUUGUGAAGACGUGGGCUUGUCUGGGUAAGCUGAUGCUUGACAACCGUUGUGGGAGUAAUAGUCUCUAUCGAUGCUCAGAAAUGGCUAUGUUGUGCUGCAAGAAGGAUGCUUAUGUUUGUGGCAAAGGACACUUAUCAUAGCUACAAUGCAUGAUGAAAUCUUUACUGUUUCAAAUAAUAAUGACCGAAACGAAUGCCCUCGGAAUGGUCAGAGCAAAAAGCAGGAGGUUGUCUAUCGAACCAUGAGAAUGCUUUUUAACUUAAACGCUGUGGCACUUUGCUGCUCGAAUCGCUAAGUUUAGGUGGUGUAGUUUAGAGCUUGUGUAGAGUUAAAGCUACAUUCUGCAUGGUGAAGGGCUACAUGUAUGCAAGUGAACAAAUGUAAAAUCAAGUGAGGCAGUUAUAAAUGUUUUCGAGAUGGCAGCCCCGUCAAAGCAGGGCGUUAUCACUUUAAAAAUGCAUGUGAAUAUUUAAUUUGAAAGUGCACAACUUUCUUUCAGUGUGCCACCAUAAUUUCCGUUUAACAAAGCUUUAUUAUCACACUUUUUGCUACGCCUAGUAACAGCUUUCCCUGUAAAACUUGUUCUGCCUUCAUAAGCAUCAUGAUGAACACUGUUAAUGUCAAAAGAUUGUCGCAAGCUCCAUUUGUGUUGCAUGUACGGACAGUGGAUGUGUAGCAUGGAUGACGAUAUUUUCUUGACACCCAUCUCUUGUUCUCAGUUCUGCCCGCUAGUCCCAACAAUGCCAUAGCCGUCUUUUUCAGGCCACUGUUUCUUCACUGUGCCGAUUCAGCUAUAGAAGGGGUCAUAUUUUGAAAUUGUUGUGGUUGAAGAACUGCCUUACACAACGGACCCUUGUGCCAAGAUUUUAAGUACAUCGUUUGCUAUCUUGUCUCACCUGCCAACACAAUGGGUCCUUCUGGCAAAUUUUAGGCACGAGCUCCACGAGUACUGAAACGAACCGUUUUCAGCAGCACUUGUCAGGGCUUCAUGCUGCCCUCGUGUCUCGUGUUUACGGAUUUACGAGAGAGGCCUCGGUCGCGUGACCGCUCUCAUGCAUGUUUCUCUUCUUUUUUUCUUUAAGUUUCAAGAGGGAAACAGUUCAGGUAUUACAUGCCAACCUGUUUCUUAUUGAACACCCAGUGAAACUACGCUCUUGUAACAUAGGCAGUAAUGUCUGACGCGAGGGAGCUCAGUGACUCGUGUUUUAUAAAGCGCAUUAAAUUAUUUUCUUCAUACCUUGUCUGUGCGUGGUUACACUCUUGUGCACAUUUUGUCUUGGUUGCUGUCAACUGUGUACACACCAUUCAUAUCGUUUUCUUGCAUUGUAUAAAGUAUCAUUACUCUCAUAUCUAUAUCUAUCUAUAUGCAUGUGUAUACAUGUACUUGCUUCAGUGCACUAGAAGCUAGAUGCAGGAAAUGGAGCAUGGAAAGCAAAUAUCAUUUACUUUAUCUUCAGGAUUUUAGACUGUGUUAUAUAAAAUGUUUUUGCUUAACUGCUGCCCGUCUUGAUAAUGUUACAUCAAAAUGAAUUGAGUCGAUCUUGGGUCUCUCGCUUGAGUUUUUGAAAUGACCAUGUCUUGUUUUUCUUGUACAGAUUUUUGUCAUGGCUUUUGCAGGUUGUUGUGUACAUUGUUUUAGUUUAACAGUUUAACUUUUAAGUGCCGACAUCAAGUUUUGUACAUGCGCGAGUUUCAUUUAUGGAAUUCUGCCAUUGUCAUCAUUCACGGUCUUCUGGAAUGUAUCCACUUACUUUGUGAACGCGAAUGUUGAUAUAUGCUGCCUUGCACUUUGUCAUAUUUCACAGUGUACAGACUGUACAUUAAAAGUGACUGAAUCAGAA